AUGGACACCCGCGGUCUGCGUCACCUGAAGGCGUACCUCGGCGAUGACAGCGCCAAGAAGGCGAGGGCGAAGCGGGCGGUGGACGUCGUGCCCGUGCUGGCGGCUCGUCGGUCGGCGUCCUCAGCUACGGCUUCGAGGUCUGACAAGGGCCUCGCAAAUACCACCGCAUCGCCUCCCCUCUCUCCUUCGGUCAUGGAGUAUUUAGAGAGCCGUCUCUCCGCUGGCGCCACGUACAAGCUCUCCCGCACGCAGAUGCUCCUGGUGGAGGCCCUCGCGGCUCCAAAGGGAGUGAAAAGCGGCUCCCAAGCCAGCACAACAGCGCCUCUCUCGGUCACUCGCGGGAGAGCGUCGAUUUUGUCAGAGAUGGUGGACACAGUUGCCCUGUCUGCACUGGAACUGGCGGCACGUACAGCCAGCGCACAAAGCGCCUCCCUCAGCGUUAACGCGUCUCUUCCUACUCCCCCCUUUGAGAUGUCGUCACUCUUCGUGCUGACGGAGGACGCCGCGAAGGUCGCGGAAGUCGCUCAGCAGCUGGAGGGCCGGUACGGUCUGACAGUGCUCCGUCUUGACGACUCAGAGGCGCCACGCUACCCAACAUUUCCUUCUCCCAAAGGCGGUGGCUCCAAGACGUCGAAGUCUGCUGCGGCGAGGGCGAAGAAGGCGAAAGCGGUGGCCAUGUCGACGGAGGCUUCUGCGGCCAGCACUGCUGCAUCCGUGGUGGUCGUUGUUGCCUCUCCUGCUGGGUUUCUCGCCGUGAACCGUCGCAGCGCCAUUUGGAAGCUGAUCGGUGGCUUCGCCGUCCUGUUGUGUCUCCCCGCUACUCAAUCCGGCUCUCUGCUUUCUGUCCUGGCGGGAUCGGAGCCGACUUCGUCUGCCACUCCACAAGCCCUCAACGCGCAGCGCUGGGCCUGCCUCGGACACGUGUCGAACAUUGCGGUGAUGGCACAAGAGCAGGCGUGGCUCUCCGCCCCUGCAGUGGAUCUCCUCACCACAUUAAGUGUCACGGGCGGCGACCUCGUCUCGGCUGCUGCUGAUGCUGCUGCUGGUGCUGAAGACGGUGACCAAUCUGUUUCCGCCGCGGCAAACGUUGUGGCCUCCUCUCGCCGUCCUGUCACGGUGCACUACACCGUCGCCGAGGGCACGCAGCGCUUCCAGUUCCUCUUCAGCCUGUUAAAGGCUUUGGUGCCGCACCGCGGUCUUGUCGUGCACGUCGCCACGCGUGAGUGUGCGACCUUCCUCUACGACACCCUCUACUCUUUCCUGGAUGAGCUGCCAUCGUAUGUGCAGAUCUUCAGUGACUACGAGGGGGCGAGUUCGUUCACAAGCAUGCACACCAGCGCCGACCGUCAGCGGAUGUGUGCCGUCUUCGACACGGUGGUGCAGGCGGGUGGCCAAGGAGGCAAGACGGCGGCGGUGCUCAUCUCCUGCCACGGUCUUGUCCCGCGUAAGGGAUGCGUGUUUCUGCAGUACGAUAUCAUUCCCGAUCUGGUGAACUACCCACAGUUCGUGGCCGAGGUGCUGACACCCGCGGCGGCGCUAUCCGCUUCCUCGACCGCUGCUGCUGCUGGGGGAAAAGCCGGUACGCUGGACGUACAUCGAGAAAAGACAACGCGGCAGCGCAAGCGCAGUGUCUCACCGCCGCCGGUGGCCGACUUUACAGGAAGCACCGCCGCAGACACCCCCACGCAAAAAGGCGCGGCGGCCGCGGAGAAGACGUCCUCCACCACCGCCGCCACUCCGGUGAACUACACGCACAUCCUUCUUCUCCUCCGCCCGAAUGAGGUGCGUGGGGCUCUUGGACGCCUCCGCAACGACGCAGCCGUCCGCUAUCGACUGGACUACCACGAGCUGCCGAACAAAACCGGUGGCCGCUACCUCUUCAUUGGCGAGAAGCUCAAGUCGCUCAAUAAGAAGCUUUUCGCGAUUCAGAACGCCGCCUACGGCGCCUAUAAGGCGACGAUGCGCGUCUACAGCACCAUCGGCCCCCGUGACGUGUACGACGAGACCAAGGUGGCGCUGGAGAAGGUGGCGGAGGAGUUCGGGUACACUGAGCUGCCUCUGCUGGAUCUUCGACUGAAGGACACGGUGUUCCGGCCCAAGGAGGAUUACUUCAGGGCCGCCCGCCAGAAGCAGGAGGCGGAACGGCGUGUGUACAAGAGGUUCGCGCAGGACAACAUUAUUGGCGAGGAGCCAGAGCCGCACGUUGCCGAUGCGGAGUAG